ACCAUUUCUUCCUCUGUGCCAGAAACUGACAGAAAAAUGGUUCCCUGGAAUUCAUUUCCAUUACAAGUCAUAUAUCAAGUACUGGGUUGGUUAGCUUUUCUUUCAUGGUCCAUUUGUAGCUACCCACAGAUCAUCUUGAAUUUUCGUAGAAAAAGUGUGGUGGGGUUAAGCUUAGAUUUUGAGAUUCUAAACUUGACUAAGCACUGGUCAUAUCUGAUAUACAACGCUUCGCUCUUCUUUAGCCCUGCUAUUCAGAAGCAAUAUUUCGAGAAGUAUGGUUAUGGACAGAUGAUACCUGUAGCUGCUAAUGAUGUUGCUUUCUCCACCCAUUCUGUUUUAAUGAAUUUGAUUAUAUUAUCCCAAAUUACAAUCUAUGAACGUGGAAAUCAGAAGUUCUCCAAAUAUGCCAUUGCAAUAAUUGUUGUUGUGUGGUUCAGUGCUGCUGUUUGUUUUUUCAUAGCAUUACCUAGCCAGUCUUGGCUUUGGCUAAUCUCCAUCUUCAACUCAAUUCAAGUAUGUAUGACAGUCAUCAAAUACUUUCCCCAGGCAUUCAUGAACUUCUUGAGAAAGAGCACAGAUGGAUUUAGCAUUUGGCGUGUUCUCCUUGAUUUUUCUGGAGGGGUCUUCAAUUAUUCACAAAUGGUUGUGCAGUCUAUAGAUCAAGGUUCCUGGGUGAACUUCUAUGGAAACAUUGGGAAAGUACUCAUAUCCUUGGUAACAAUAAUCUAUGAUUCUAUUUUGAUGUUACAACAUUAUGUACUAUAUCCUGAAAAGAAAAAGACUUCUAAAAAUUCUGAAGAAAUCAAGCAACCACUAACUUGUGCAAAUCCAGUAGAUCAACAAAUUAAAGAUUCAUUCAAAUCUGCUAAUCAGCCUCCAGCAGAAGUAUGAGGUGUAACUUGGAUCAUAUAGUGUGCAAUGCCAAUGUACAAAUGUACAAUGUCCUUAAAUUAGGCACUGUAGUCUAUCAAAGGAUUGUAAUCUAAAGUCCCCCUCUUUACCACAGGUGAUGUGCAAAAUAUAUAUAUAAUAUAUUUAUUAGAAAGAAAUUUUGUUUAUUUGAUACAAUU